CGGAGCCCUAAGUGACCGCUUAUUGCGAAAAACAAAGGCAGUGAACAACGGAACAGAACGUCAUUUUCGGAUUGCUCCUCAUUUUAUGAAGAAUCUGACAAAAGAGUAUCCUUUUUUGAUUAAACCAAUUUAUUAUUCGCUAUUCAUAUAAAACUUUUUACAAUCCAUUGUCAUUGUAUGAUUGAGGAUUUCUAGACGCUCACCCAAAUCCCGCAAUAGAAAGUGGCCUCAGCGGAGUGUGGAAUCUACAGGUCUCUUUUGGGUUUUAUUCAUGGUGAAGCUGCGAGGAAUAUCGAAUGAAUGAGUGAGAGCGUGUCCAAGACAGCUAUACCAGAGAAUACCGAAUAUGAGAACUCGAACCAGGGUUAUAUUGCAUUCUCUAUUACUUUUGGUUUUAGUAGUGCAGGUGAGCAGGCCAGUAUGUGUGGAUGUGCCCUCAGAAACAGAGGCGGUUGUUGGGAACCCCAUGAAACUGACCUGCAUCUCAUGUAUGAAGAGAGAGGAGGUCAACGCGGAGACACGUGUGGACUGGUACUACAUCCCACCUGACAAAGAAUCCAUCCCUAUCUACCUGUUUGAUGGACAACCCAGGGAGCUAGAGGGACCUUGGAGGGGUCGCCUGAUGUGGAAUGGAAGUAAAGACCUGCAAGAACUCUCCAUCAGUAUCAUCAACGUCACAAUGAACGACACGGGCACCUACAAGUGUGUGGUCUUCCGACAGUUUGAGUUUGACUGCUACUCUCCCUCGGUUACCAACAGUCUGGUAAUCAACCUGGUGGUCAGAGAGGAAGCCAGUGACGACACCACUGCCCUGUACUCAGAGAUCAUGAUGUAUGUCCUGCUGGUCUUCCUCACCUGCUGGCUCCUGGUGGAGAUGGUAUACUGCUACAGGAAGAUCUCCAAGUCAGACGAGCAGGCCCAGGACACCGCGACAAACUACCUAGCCAUUCCCUCAGAAAAUAAAGAGAACCUGGGUGUUCCAGUUACAGAAUAAAAGUGAUUGUCUCACACCAAUACGGUACUGACCAAUGGUGUAUCAAGCAGUUCAUAGUCACCUGACGAAUACAGACUGAACUCUUUGAAGGGAACAUUCAGUGAAGAUGUCGCAACGCCUCUCAGCAACCAGGAAACCUGCCAAGUGGAGUCCCCUUUGUCUUGGUCUUGUGGUGUGAGCUAGCCAAAUACUUGAAUGCUCAAGUAUACUCUCCCUUCUUAUUUCACUCUGACCCACUAUAUGCCAGACAGCAGUGAUUUGAUGAUUAAUAAGUUGUUUAUGACAUUUGAAUGUCACCCACAGAAACAAAAUUGUACCUACUGUUGCGGAGGACCAACCAAUUGCUUCAAAGCAAAUUACUUAUACUUUUAAAUGUGUGAAAUGUUGUUGAAAUGGUACACUGCACAUCAUUGGGUGCACAUAAAAGCUUCUGGUACAUUCA